AUGCCACGUCUAUUCAAUACAAUCUGGAAUACUCUACGUCAAUGUAUUGGAUUUCAAGGUCCACAAGUGGUUGAUGACCAGGAACACUAUCAGCCCAUCAUCCAACGUCCACCUUCACAACAAAGCAGAUCAACAUCUCCAAAUUCCAUUUCUGAAUCUGUUUCUAUUUCUGUCAGAAGUUCUGGCUCGGAAAGUAGUCACGAAGGGUGGAAAGAGUUAGAGGAACUUCGUAAAGGAUCCCAUCGCGCCUACAUCAGAGAUAUUUCGAUCGAAAAUCCGUCCUUGACUAGUGAAGAUUCUGGAUACGAGUCAGCAGCAGCCAUCUAG